GCCGGCCUCCCCCCCAGCGCUCCCUCCCUUCUUUCUUUCCAAGCAAACGUCCCCCGCGGCCCCGCCUAUAAAGCCAACGCGCCGGCACCAUUGCCAAGAACAAGAAAAGCUUCUCUACCUCUUUGUUCGGUUCCUCCAUCCACAAGCCUCUCCAUCUCCUCUUCUUGGGGUUUCCGUCGGAAGUGCAUGCGUUCGCUGGGUGUUAGGGUCGCGAUGGAGAAGCAGGACGGCGUGAACAAGGCGGUGGAGGCGACGCCGACCCUGAACGUGCCGCAGGCGCCGCAGAAGGAGCCGGAGCAGCUGGAGAAGUGCUACAAGAAGACGGUGGGGGAGGAUGCGACGUUCCUGGAGAGCGCCAAGGACUACUUCAACCAGUUCAAGGACAUGACCGCGCAGAAGCACUGGAUCUGCCUCAAGAACAGAGCCCGCGCCGCCGGCGAGUACGUCUCCCAGAAGAGCGGCUCGUUGCAGGUGUUCGGCAAGCAGAAUGUCGAUCCUGUGGUCAACGAUAGUACUCCGGAGGUGGCGAAGCCGGCAGCAGUUGAGUCUCACUGAAGGGGUUCUGAUUGUCUUCGGGAAACAAUUGUAAAUGAUCCUUGGGUGUUCUACAGUGGAGAAGACUUUAAGACUUCAGCAAAUAGUUUCGUAGUAUGUCGCUAUUGUUCUGUUAGUGGUUUGGGCAUGGUUGGUUCAAUAAUUCGUCGUGAAAGAUUACGUGUUUCUGCC